AGACUCUUGAAAGCUGGGAUCGCGUGCUUGCCAGCCACUGAGAUCCAGGCGCUCUUCGGAUCCUCCAGACGUCCGGCCAUGGUGUCGGGCUGAGCCGUCCUGGGGCUGAGACGCUGAGCCGCGGUGAAUGGAGGGGUCGCUGGAGUUGAGCUCUGAGGCGGUGCUGCGCUUUCUCGCCGAGCGCGGGGGCCGGGCCCGACACUCGGAAUUAGUGCAGCACUUCAGGGACGCCCUGGGUGGCCAGCGCGAAGAGCGCACCCGCGCCCGCGAACACUUCAAGGAUCUGGUCAACGCGGUGGCCACCGUGCGCACCGAUCCGGAGGAUGGUACCAAGUAUGUGCAUCUCAAGAAAAGGUUCUGUACGGGGGAGUCCCCGCCGCUUGAGGCCACGCUCCCGCGGGAUCCCCCGCGUAUCGAGGUGACCGAGGAGCCCCAAGUCCCGGACCUACCAGCGGAGCCCUGCGAGGAUAGCCAGCUCCAGGAAGAGGCAGAUUCACCGCUGUCUCUCGGACUGGAUGGCGAACCGAGCGGCCAGGAGCCUCCAGCCCCUGAUCAAGGUGGGGCCCAGGGUAAGGACUCGCCACAGGAGGUCGAGGCCUUGUCCUGGGCGUCGGGCUCCGGGUCCAGCGAGAACCUUAAACUCCCUGCACCGGGCGGUGAGGAGGCUGAAGGGGGCGGUUCCCCUAGUGGGCCAAAUACACCCAGGUCUGCCCGUCAGAACUUUCGGGACCUGGUGAUGGGCAGCUCCCCGCAACUAAAGAGGAGCGUGGGUCCUGGGGACGGUAGCGCUGGGAGCAUCUCCUCCUCCGGGGGUCGCAGCAGAGGAGGGGGCGACUCCGACAGCACCUCGCUGGCGUCUUCGUCCGCCGAAGAGGAGAGCAGCGGCGGGGGCUCGGUUACCCUGGAUCCCCUGGAGCACGCCUGGAUGCUCUCAGCCUCCGAGGGCAAGUGGGACAGCCUAGAAGGGCUGCUCACUUGUGAGCCGGGCCUGCUGUCGAAGCGCGACUUCAUCACCGGCUUCACUUGUCUCCACUGGGCCGCCAAGCACGGCAGGCAGGAGCUCCUGGCCAUGUUGGUCAACUUUGCCACCAAACACCAGCUGCCAGUGAACAUCAAUGCCAGGUCGAGCGGAGGCUACACGGCCCUGCAUUUGGCGGCGAUGCACGGGCACGUCGAGGUGGUGAAGUUACUAGUGGGGGCCUACGACGCAGACGUAGACAUCAGGGACUACAGCGGGAGAAAGGCCUCUCAGUAUCUGAGUGAGAGCACUGCGGAGGAGAUCAAGAACCUGGUGGGAGCCCUGGAUGAAGAAGACGAUGGAGACAGCGCCGCCGGCCGCGGCAGUGGGCGCUGGAGACUUUCAAAGGUGCUCCCCUCGCACAUCACUCACAAACUGUCGCCGGUCGUGGAGGACGGAGCUGACCAUCACCACCACCCCGCCGAGGGAUGGACUGGAGGAAGCAAAGCAAAAGAUUCCAGUCGCAAAGCCUCAGGCAGCUCGAGUGGACGGAUUAAACCCCGACUCAACAAAAUCCGAUUCCGAACCCAGAUCAUUCACACCACUCCCUCCUUCAAGGAUGCCGAACCCGCACUGGAGGAAGGGGAGGAGGAGGAGGAGGAAAGGUCUCUUAGAGGCUACUCAUCUUCCUUUAAACUGAGACCGAAGUCCAAUGUAUUUGGGUAAAAAAUAAUAAUAAUAAUCCCCACUAGAAAUGCUAAGGCUUAUUUGUCUUCAAGGUAGAAUAAUACUGGGUAUCGAUAAGAAGUGGAAGCAGAAAAGUCAAGAUGAAUUAUGCAUUUCAACUUGUGGGCUUGGGGUGGAUCUGUAAUAAUCCUUUCAGGAUAGCAUAGCAUUCUGGGACAAGAAAAUGUCUUUGAAGUGAUUCAUAAUGCGCACUGGUUUGUGCCUCUCUCCGCACCCCACCCUUGUAAGCUGGAACUUGUGAGAACUGGAAUUAUUGAUGACUAAUAGUUCCUUCACUUUUUAAUUAUUACUAGAUAUCAUGCAGAGUAAGGGCUGUGAGAAAAUUCAAAAGGCACGGUACUGCAAACUGACCCUGCUAAUGUUUGUGACUGAAACUAGGGCCUGCCCUGAUCGUCUGCUAUGCGCACUUGCUAAAGUGCUAAAGAAGGUCAAGGUCAGAGUUGAAAUGUGAAGCUACAAAUGAGAAUUAUGUGAAUGGAGAUGGGAAUCCUUGCUAUUGUCUUACUUGUAAGUAGCAGUUCCCAUUUUUUUAAAAGCAAUUUUACUUUUAAUCACUGAACUGUAGAAAGAAGCAGCAUUUGCUUUUGAGUUACUAUAAUCUGGUUUGUGCCUAUAUAAGACUAUUCGGUAUUCAGUACGUUAUUAACCACAAACUUUUGGUUAAAUAGAAGAACACGUUUAUUUAAAUAGACCGUGUAGCAGCCUAUGGUACAUUUUUUAAAUGUGUAUGUCUUCAUUAUCACUAACUAGUUUUGCUACUUUCAAAUUCUAAACUUUCUGGGGUUUGUAUUCUGAGGAUUCUUUUUGAUGAAGCUUAUGAUACUUAGACUGAUUUACUUAUCACCUAAACCAUUCCUUGCUUAGAAAAUAGCAAAACUCAGCAUAAGUAUUAAUAAGCCUCUGCUUCUGUGAAGUAAUUAAAUCAACUUAAUAUGUUUCUCAUGUAAGAGACAUUUUAUUAAUACAUUCAUAGCUUCUAUGCCUUGUAGCAACAUUUUACAAAUGUGCAAAAUACUAAUUCUUUCCCUUUUCUUACGUUUCUUUGUAUCUACUCAAAGAGCUAUGAUGUAGUUACAGAAAGCCUAGAUAGUCUGCCCAUUUCAAAAUGGGCACUUUAUUAUACUUUAUAAAAAGAAAGAGAAAUGGGACCAUUUCUGUAUUUCAAUGCUGCUAGCUAUUGAAUCUCCUUAUAUAUAAUUGAAAAAUACUAUUCCUUAAAGUUAAAGACUUUUACAACUGUGAUCCUUAAUUACAUUCCAUUCCUUUGUGUUAAGAGUAAAUGGCUUUAUAAUCAUUUUAAAUUUAACUUAUAAACGUAUUAAAUCUUAUAACAACAUUAGAAACUUCGGUGGGAGACUGAUUUGACCAAAUCCUUCUCUCUCCGUCUUUCUGGCCUAAUUGCUGAAACCUAAGUUGUUAGAGGCAACAACAUAGAGGGGUGAGUGAACAGCCAAGCCCUCAGAGGAGAGGAGACUGUAUGGUUAUCCAGAGCUGCACAGCCUUUUGUUGCUAACUAACCUCCCCAAGUCAUAGAAAUUUCUAACAAAUUGGCCACAUCUGAAAAUAGCAGGUCUUUAAAUAUGGACUGAAGAUGCUCAUGAAAUAUAUAAGUCGUGGCUAAGGAGAUGGCUCAGUAUAUAUGAACACUUGUUCUGCAAGCAUGAGGACCUGUGACUGAAUCCUCAGCAUCCAUCUAAAAGGACAGGCAUAGUUGAGGGUACGAGUAAAGUAACCUAACAUGAGGAGCUGAGACAGGCAGACCCUCAGAGCAGUGGCCAGCCAGCCCACCUGAAAGAAGUGACUUCUGGAUCAGGGAGAGGCUGUGUCAAGGCAGUAAGAAAGGCAUAGAGGACGUCACCUGACAUUCUACUCUGGCUUCAGAAUAAGCACACAUGGGUGCUCCCACACAUUCUCGUGCCUACACUACACUACACACACACACACACACACACACAUACUCACAUAAGUUGCUACCCACUUGUGUGCCUUUGUUUUAGGACUUAAGAAGUAGAUUGUGUAUGUUGAUGAGCACAUUUUCUGUACACAUAAGUGAAAAGCCAAUGUAAAAAUCAUGUGUUCCAUGUCUAGACACGUUAACUAUAUCUAGUGCAGAAUAAGCUUACAGUUCCCAUCAAGGACUUUUAAAUUCCAUGCUAAGAUAAAGGCAACUGUCAUUUAACUUGCUUUUCACACUAAAGGUUUAAAACUCUGAUAAAACAUUAAUUUUUUUUUUUCUGGAGUCAUUCCUGGGCAGUCCAGACAGCUCAGGAGAUGAAAGUGGCUGUCUUACAAGCUUAAAGACCUGAGUUUGGCCCUAGAACCCACAGUGGAUGGAGAAAACUUAACUCUUAAAUUGUCCUCCAACCGCCACAUGUGUGCCAUGGUGUCUGCACACCUGUACUCACACAUCUGGCACACACAUAAACACACAAAGCUGAUUAGUUUAAAUUUCAAAAGCACCAAAAGGAACUCUGGACGUUCCUUGCCAUAAUGUACUUUACAUAGUAAAAAUAACAUUUUCAGGUACUUAACUCCAUUCCUCCUCUUUUUUUUUUUU